UUUAUGUCUACAAUGGUCUGCAGUACAUAACUGAGCAACCCGCCUUGUAAGUCAUCGCUCACUGGAAACGCAUAUUCAAAUAUUUAAACAAUAUACGGAGGAUUCAAACAUUAUGAAUAGGUGGUAUGUGAGAGACCCCUAGAAUUCAAAGAUGUCAGUGUUUCAUUGGACUAGGCAGGAUGUGUGUAUUAUAAGUCUUACAGAAGUGAUGAAUUGAGGUUAGACAGUAGAAGUAUGGAAACUCUAAGGUGCUAUGGUUCGAUAGUGUGGUGGUUGUGUUUCCUUCCCGUGCUGGGUAAUGUUUUACAAUAUUGUAGAUGCCAAAGUUUGUGCGGCAUAUAAUAAAGUGGGCUAUGAGUCUGAGUGGUAUGCCGAGAGCAAUGUGCGAUACAAGAUCAAACGGUAUACGUGGUACUGUUUCUUCGACCAAGAUUGUUGUUUCGGCUCCUGCUGUUCUAGAGAUUACGAUAACGAUGACGGCUUAUACACCUACACCUCUAACACCACGCCUUAUGCUGCGAUUGUGGGUAUUACAGUCGGUGUUGCUUUUGGAGUAUUCCUGUGCAUUGCAUGUUGGAUAAAUUUUUGUAAAAGCGAUGGAAAUACAAACUUAGCUAGGGGAGUCACGUACACAGCCAAUGACACAGUUGUGAUACGUCAGAGACCUCAAGGAGAUACGGAGUCACCAUUGUUACCUCCCCUCUCUGACAGACAAAACACACCUCAAUGUUCUCCAUCAAGGGUGGACGGUAACUCUACUGUUGAUCGCAACGUCCACUCCAACCAGGGCAACCCGGAAAUGAACUCAUCUCCAGGUGGACAUUUUACCCACACAACGGAAUUAAUCGAACCCCCACCGUCUUAUGAAUACGUCAUGUCGCAUGAUUUUCCAAUAACCACUAGUGAAAAUUCACAUUCCCAGAACGAUUGAAUGGAACCCCUGAUCAUUUGCCUUAGAACUAUGCUCAAUGCGACAUGUACAACAAACCUUUUGACGGAUAUGCUUUGCUGAUUCAUUCUACGAUGUCCCUUACAGUCCUUGCGGCAUGAUCAAACCAUAGCCCGGUGUGGUUCACGAAAUCAUGCUGUAAUGAAAUUGAGAGUGCCUCUUCUCAUGUUAUUUAAAGGAAUUAUUCAGUAGACGCCAACUUAAAGACAGAAGAGUACAAACCCCAACUACUUCUGAUGUAUACAAAUGUUUAUACAUGACUGUAUUCCUUUCUUUAUAUUAAAGAAAGCGAAUUAUUUAAAGACAUCUGAGUGUAUAAGAUUAUGAAGAGAAUAAUUUCCGCAGCAAUUCUGAAUAUUCUGGUUAGGGCUUGGUAUUGUUUGGAAAUUUCGUGUUGCGAUAUUUAUGCCCGCCUUGAAUAUGUCCGGUGAAUAUAGUGUUUGAUAUGACUGUCUUUAGAAAAAUUUGAAAACUUUUAUAAUACAACUGUUUAUAUACACGAAUUAAUUUUUUAAAAACCUG